AUGAAUUCAACAAUAAUCAUCGGGGUAUUAUUAUUGGCUAUUGCUAUUAGUUGGCUUGAGGCAUCGAUUAUCCUCAGUACAAGAACAAUUACUGAAAAGCAAGGUCGUGAUGUUGUUCUAUCGUGUCGAUUUGAACGUCUUACCGAACGCGACCGAGUUAUGUGGUCAAAAGAUGGUGUUGUUCUUUCUGUUAAUCAGGAAAUCUCAGGUGACAAACAUAAAUAUGAAAUUAUUGGUAAAUAUGAUUUAAUUAUUAAAAAUAUUACUGGCCAUGAUAGUGGACAAUAUUUAUGUCAAAAUUUUGAUCAACGUUUAUCGAUGACGAUGCUCUUAUCCGUUUUAACACGGCCAACAAAACCAGAAUUAUAUCAAUCAAACGAGACUUUAAUAGAAGACAGUUCAGCAUUAUUUAUUUGUUCAACACAAGGCGGAAAUCCAUUACCAACAUUUACAUGGCUGAUCAAUCAAAUGCCUAUCAAUGCAUCUUAUAUUACUGUAUCACCAAAUACAAGUGAACUACGUUUACCAUUAGAAAAACGUUUUCAUAAUGAACAAUUAGUAUGUCAAGUUAAUAAUAAAGCGUUAGAUAAUCCAUUAAGUACUUCACGUACAUUAAAUAUUCAAUAUAAACCUGAAAUAAAUCUUCGUCAUGGUCAAACAUUAGUCACAAAUCUUCAUUUAUUUGUCGUUGAAAAUGAUCGUUUGGCACUCGAUUGUCAAAUUCAAUCAAACCCAUCAACGAUUGAACCAAUAACAUGGCUCAAAAAUGGUCAAUUGAUGACAGGUAUCAAUUCACCAUCACUUACAUUACAAACAAUUAAACGAAGUGAUGAAGGUGAAUAUACAUGUAUGACAUCGAAUUCAAUUGGUCGUGGACAAUCAUCAGUCAAUAUUCGCGUGCAAUAUGCACCAAUUAUUCGAUUAACUGGUGGUGGUAUUAUAUCGGAAAAUAAGCGUUUAAUAUUAGCAUGCAUUGUUGAUGCAUAUCCAACAGUUGAUUCUUAUGAAUGGUAUAAAAAUGAUGGAAAAUUAAACAUCAGUCCAUUGACAUCAUCGUUCAUAAUUGAAAAAGUAUCAAAAGAUGACGCAGGAAUUUAUGCCUGCUCAGCUAGAAAUACUUUAAAAUUUUUGAAUGGAAGUUCAAUGGAAAAAUUCGAUAAAAGUCAAACACGUGUCACAGUUGAAUACGCACCUAUUGUUACUUCAUUAACACCAAUCCUUGCCAUGGAUCUAUUUACACUAAAUAUAAAACUUCAAUGUGAUGUUGAUUCGUAUCCUGAAUCAACAAUUAUUUGGACAUUCAAUGAUCGGCAAAUAGUUCUUUCACAUAAAUAUUCUAUUAUAAAAAACACAACAUCAUCAUAUUUAAUUAUCCAACAGCUACAAUCAAAUUUCGAUUUUGGUUUUUAUUCAUGCAAUGCAUCAAAUAAAUUAGGAAAAAAUUCUACACUAAUACAAUUGAGAUCAAAAGACGUACCUGAAACGCCAACGAAUGUUAAUACAACAAGUUUAACAUAUUCAUCGAUUAGUUUAAAAUGGCAACCAGGUUUCGAUGGAGGUUGGCCACAAUCUUAUUGGGUUUCACUCGAUAACUCAUUUUCGAAAGAAACAAAUCAAAGUCAUUAUACGUUUACAAAUCUAAGACAUUCGCAAUUUUAUAAUAUUACGAUUCGAGCACGAAAUCAUUUGGGUCAAAGUCAUAGUACAGCAUCAAUCAAUGUUCGAACAGAAAAUGUACCAAUAAAAAGAGAAGAUUUACCCGAAAUUGAAUAUUCUACAAUAGAUUUUACAGAAAAAAUCAUUGAUUAUCGAUUAAAUAAUUUUAGUUUUAACACAUUAAAAGUUCCUCUUUGUUUACGUAUUGAUAUUUAUAAUCAUUCAAAUCUAUGCGAACGUAUUGUAACAUCAAGUGGACGAAUACGAUUAAAUGAACAAUAUUUAUUAAAUAUUGUUAAUGUAUCUAUUUGUCUUGAUCAAUACGAAGAUUAUUGUGGUCAAACACGAUCAGUUGAAAUAAAACGUGAACUUGUAUUUAAUUUUAUAAAUGUAUUAAUUGCUUCGGUUAUUAUCGUUUUCUUUUUGAUUCUUGUGGGCCUUUGUAUAUUUAAUGUUAUACGAAAUCGUAAACGACAACGACAUAUUAAUCAUAACAUAAUUACAUCAUCAAUUAAAAAAUCGUCUAUACAACAUCCAAUAGUCAUUGAACCUAUUCAUAGUCCAAAUAAAUUAUUUUCCUUUUCCGAACAGCAACUUCAAUCAUCAUUUUCAAAACUAGCUGAAAUACAAAAAAUUGAUCAAUUUAAAGAUAAACAAACAAAUCGUUUAAUAGUAACAACAACUGGUGCCAAUGGAAAUUUCGCAAAUAGUACUAGUGGUUCAAGUGACCCGAUAAUAUCGAAUCCAAAUUCAUCAUCACUAUCAGGUAGUGAUCAAUUAACAGUUACAGACUUUUAUCCACUAUCAACAACAAAUCCAACGGAUUUAUCAUAUAAAUCAUAUAACACUCAAAGCGAUUUACCAUUGUCAUCAGUGCAAAAUGAUUUACUUUGGUCACAAUCUCAAUAUGGCAGUUAUGGUUUUCCAUUUUAUACCACAGCCAAUACUGUACAUGAAAUAGUAUCAAAUAAAAACACAACUAAAGAAGAUAGUGCCGAAAGUGGCUACUCGACGCCGUCAAAAAUGAAUCAUCACAAUAAAAAAACUGUCUACGAAGUUGUCGUAUAA